AUGGCGAACAAUAGCACCCUGAAAUUUACCACUCUGCCGGCUGAGAUGCUUCAGGUUAUAGCGUGUCAAGUGCAAAAGAAGAGAGAUUUGCUAUCGCUUUCACUGGUAUCGAAAGCCGUCCAUGACGUCUUCUUGCAGGCAUAUCUCUGGAGAUCAGUUUCUCUCGAGAUCUGCGAAGGCCGUCUGGACAGCUUCCCAUGUUUCGCCCCCAAUAGCGCUUUUCUGAAUUAUACUAGAGACGUACAUUUUUCUUCGGAGUUUGUGAGGAAUAUUGAAGAACGGUGUCCUCAUUUUCAUCAGCACGGCAAUGACAGCGGCGAGGGCGACAUUGACCAAGGCGAAGAUGAUAAUGACCAUAGUGAAGACGAUGUGGGCAGUAGCGCCGACGGGUGUUUCGAUAUCCUGGGGAAGGGGGCAACAUCCGUGCUUAACCAGCUACAGCCCGGGACACUCCGCAGCUUGAGCUGGGAUACAGGGACUUGUCUUCCAAUUCGAAUUUUCGGAGGGGAGGGCAUUAUUGAAAGGAAGAAGCAGCAGCGGAUCGAAUCGCUUUCGAUAACAACAGACUGUACAUGUUACGAAACUCCAGAUUUCGUCAAAGGGGGCCUGGAAACACUGACCAACUUGAAGCGGUUGCGCUGGAGAGCCCCAGACUGUGAUGAUAUACACACCCUCAGCGACAUGAUCCAUACCAACGCCAAGACCCUGAAGUACCUUGAAAUCGAUCUCGUAAACUGGGAAAGGUUUGGGUACUACUGUCAUCGGAACCCAUACGAUGAUGGGCCACGCGGCCUCGAACAUUGGAUGCGGUUUUGGCGGGUGCCAGAAGGGAAGUUUUGGGACCCAACGCACGCGGCUCUGCAGACCCUAUGUCUCACUGAGGUGGCUCUUAGCAGAAAGUCUGUCGGGGUGUUUGAUUUCAGUGUGCUUCGGACUCUCAGGCUCCGUAACUGCGAGAGUUGGGAUAGCUUUCUGGAGCACGCUGUUGGUCUGCACCUGCCGAUAGGCUUAAAGACUCUCGAAAUCACUGCAAAGCCCGGCUUAUUGAGCUGUGGCGCAGAUGAGGUCUUGUUGAGAUUCCUGGAAGCAUUCGGCGGACUCGAAGGCCUCUAUGUGGGAAUCGAAGGCCCCCUGCUACUUAAUGAACUCUGGCCGGGAGUCAUCGCCCACCGUGCAACUCUCAAGAGAUUUGUGCAUCACCAGAGGGGUGAAGGUGUUCAUCCGCAUCUCACGCAGGAGGUUGACGCGGACCUGUUGUUGGACCCUGGCGACGCUUUUCUGCAAACCUUUGACAGAUUUCCAACUUGA